AUGACGGCAGUAUUUGGAACGCUGACAUUGGUGGUAGUGUUGUCUCUGAAUGGCACGUUCUACUAUAAACAGUUACAAAAUGAUACGUCCGGAUCUCGCCAUCAACUGAGGGUUCUGCCACACGUGCAAAACCACCCAGUAGAAAAACUGAGGCGAAACCUAGAAGAGGAGGCGUCUCCUAACAACGCCACACUCCUACAGAACAACCCUACAGAGGAAGCCACUCAUCCUAACAACACGAUUAACAACCAGAACAACCCUACCGAAAAAGACACGCAUCCCAACAGCACGAUAAACGACAAGAGCAACUCUAUCAAAGAAGUCAGGCAUCCCAUCAACAGCCCCACAUACAACCAGAACAACAUAACUGAACAAGUCACGGAUCCCAGCCACACGAAGUUUGUUGUCCUCAACAGAGAGACAGAGUACCGCCAAGGAGACGUUCUUACGGCGGUCAUAGUGGCGAGAGAUGUCAGGGGAAGACCUAAGACGUACGGUGGAGACUUUUUCCGCGCGAAGCUUGUCAGUAUCCGGCCUGGGGAGGCGAGCUGCGCUGGGCACGUGACCGACCAUGGCAACGGUACCUACACGGUGCAGUUCCCGCUGUACUGGGCAGGGGACGUUAAUGUGUGUGUGCAACUUGUCCACCCGAGUGAGACAGUGAGGGUACUGCGACGUGUAAGAGACGUCCCCGCCAAGAGAGGGUACGAAUGUAUCUUCUUCGAGACCGAGACGGGUCCCAAAGAGGAGCGGCAGUGCUUUACCUCCCAACCCCCCGGGCGGCCUCUGGAGCAACUGUGCGACCUGUCGAGAAAGGAAGCGAACGGGACGUGGUUCUGCGUGAAACCGGACGCCCUGCCGUGCUCUGCUAUCGCGGGAUGUCGUCGCGACGUCACCCAGAAGGGCAGCCAGUCCCCGUAUAUAGAAGCAGAGCUGGAGCAGGACAUCCAAACACCCAUACAUGUCAAGGAAUCAGCACGGGCCCCCUUGGACGAUCUUCCCGAUUGUUCCAGCAACACACCCGGUGUCUUAUUCCACGGCUACUGGUCCGGUAACGUGUGGAAGUCCUCGGUCUGCAGGGUGAGAAUGUUUACCAGGGCGGACGCGCGAAGCUGUCUGGCCAAUAAGACUCUCUACAUACAGGGGGAUUCCACCAUCAGGCAGUGGUACCUUUGGUUGGCGGCCGGGCACAGCAAGGGAAGCCUCAAACCAGGCCCCGCAAUUGCUAUCAACAAAGACGUGAACAUCGUCGUCCACUACCGUUCUCACGGCCUACCAUUAAUGGGAUCGCAUUGGAUGAAUUUCACCCAAAUCAGAUACGUUGUUGACGAGUUGGACUCCAUGAAUGGCGGCCCAAACACGGUCAUAGUUCUGGGUCUGUGGGCUCACUUUACUACAGAGUCACUGGAGAUGUUCCGGGCUCGACUUCACGCCAUACAGAACGCCAUCCACCGUCUUCUUCAGCGCAGUCCGGGCACACGGGUGUUCGUGAGAACUGGAACAACGCGGGAACACAAGGAUCGGUCCUUCUACCUGCGGGGAAGCGACUGGCUGGCGUACCAGAUCACGGAGGAAAUCAGACAGAUAUUCCGGACGGACAGGGACGUGGUGGUGUUGGACACGUGGGACAUGAGCGUGUGUCAGUGGGAACCUGAUAAUAUCCACCCCGGACCUGCUCUGAUAGACAGCCAGAUCAACAUGCUACUGUCUCAUAUAUGCCCCAAGUAGGGGAACUAACAGAAGCAAGCUGAGCGUUAUUGCUGUCCACUAGACUGACUAGAAGAGUUUAUGCGUCCUUGCUACUGUUCCAAAAAGUAUGUCCAGGAUAGAUGUAAAUUAACAGUCAACAAGUCCUUGAAUCAGAUAGGAAAGAGGAUUUUUUAAAGUCAUACAACGCUCGUACGCCCUCCCUAUUUGCGGUACCGGUGCUUCUAACUGCGCGCGUGUUGUUAGGUUGA